AUGCAGGGUCAGGCUUCGGUGGAGGCCGCCUCUAGGAACCAUGAGGUUCUGGAUCGCAUGGGGUGGGCGGACGAGUCGGCCAUGCAGGAGCUGAUGGCGAAGUCGGACACCAACGGCGACGGACUGAUUGACUUCGAGGAGUUCGUGCAUUCGUCGCUUAACCACGCGGGUGCGGGCGCACGUGACGGCGGGGCAGGCGGUAUUGUGGAGGAGGCGGAGGAAGGGGAGGAGGACCUGCGCAAGGCAUUCGAGCUGUUCGACUGCGACGGCGACGGUAGCAUCACCGCUGAGGAGCUCCAGAAAGCCAUGCGCAUGCUGAGCGGCGAUAAGCUGAGCAUGGAGGAAUGUCGCACGAUGAUUGCACGGGUGGACGUGAACAGAGACGGCCGCGUUAGUUUCUCGGAGUUCAAGGGCAUGAUGGACGGUGUGCUUCGCUGA